AUGGUUUCGUAUACGCCAGGACGAAUUAUACACUACCGACAGCAUGGCAAAGAAACUCCACUUUGGCCUGCAGUGGUGUGCACAGAAAAUGUUGCGCCCAAUGAGUUUCUUCAAACUCGACCCGCAGCGUACGUCACGCUGAUCCUCCUCAUUGGAGAGUAUCUUGAGUUUCGUUGGGCACUGACCUCGGAGAUGAAUGAAUAUAACCCGCAACUCGUUUUCGACGAUGAAGAGCUAAUCGAGAAUACCCCGGGACUAGGGGAAGCCUACGCCAUUGCAGAUAGUGCCCGCGAUGCAGGUCUUGGACUUAAUCACUGGAGAAACGAAGUACGAAAGAUGACUGUGGUCACAUCAUCAGACGAGGAAGAUGCCGACAUGAACUCUGAGGAAGAUGACUCGGAUAUGGAUGAAGACAUGAAACAAGCCAUUCGUGCCAGUCGGGCAGACUUCUUGGCUACGAAGAGAUCGAUGUCUUUUAUGCCUUCAAUAUCUUCAUUACAGCAGCAAGAGAGGCCUUCUCGUAAGAGAUCGAGCUGGGAAGACGAAGGGCCGUACACAACAUGCCAUGAUCCAGACUUAGACUUUGACGAAGAUCUGCAAAAGGCGAUUGCUGCAAGCAGAGACGAAUAUUGGGGAACAACGUCUGGCGCCCUUCCCACGCCGUCUCUCUCUCCGCCAAGACCGCCUAAACGACGAAGAGAUUCUGAUCUUGUAGGGAGUUUCGAGGCCUCCUGUACGCCAAGGCAUGUAUUACUUUCCCGCCGACGCGACAGCACUACAAGUCUGUCACCAAAUCUUGAUAACAACUCGCGUCAUCAGAGAUGUAGGGACAGCCCAAUCCCAACAAGAGAGAAUAGUGCCGACCAACAACCCUCCAACAUCGACGGCAACGUCAUCGAGGGAGAUCUUUCCGAAAGCAAAGAGUACGUCGAAUUCCUCGUCGGGCCCGACAAAGAGGCCCGCAACAUCCUCAAAUCCUACGUCGACGCCUGCCCCGCCUUCAAGAGAAACUUCCUCGGCACCAGCUACCUCACCACAAAAGGCGAAAAUGGAUGGGCCCUCGUCCACCCCAGUCUCCGCGACAUCGACCCGCGCGACUUCGAGUUCAUCGCGCAGUUCCUCGAGACGCGCGAUUUCGGCAUCCGGUUUCCAGACAGCGACGAGGAGAACACGAGCGCCAUAGCAGAAUGCUGCGCCGCGUGGGAUGCGGCGGAGAAGCUGGGCAUGGAAGAUAUGCUGGACUACAUCGCGCUGAAAGCGCAGAGGUUGGCACCUUGGGGUCUUGCCGAGGUCCUGUGGAUGGCGAUUGCGGUUUAUAGGACGCCGGAUGCUGCGUCUGCUGUGCAGGGAGAGCUGCGCGCUAUGCUGUCUGGGUAUAUGGCGGAGCACUUUUGGGAGUAUAUUAACGACGAUAGUCUGGGCGUCGUGUUCCAGGAACGUGUGGGUUUGCUUCCGGAGCUUGGGCGGGAUGUCCAUUUGAUGAUCUCGACGACACUGGGCCGGCAAAUCGAGCCUGGUUAUGGCGGGGUGGAUGGAGAGAUUGGGGCGAACGAAGACGGUGCGAGUGACUUGGCGAUGAGUUGAGUGAGGUGUUUCGAGCUACAGGUUCUCCUGUCACACUUGUUCUGCUUACUGCUCUAUUUCUGUUCCCUUCUGCGGCUUUGUUUUUGCGUUUUGUUUCCGUGUGUUCGAGUCCACCCCAGAGAAGGGGUUGAGAACAACUGGGUGUUUUCUGAGCUGGACUCCUCUACUUCUAUGUUCUUGACGGGAGCGACGGCAACAACGCAAAGCAGAGCAAGAAUCCUGGGGCUGAUCUAAGGGUUGUUUUGUCUUGUCAAGUUUCCCUCUCAGUGCAUGUCAUUUGCUCAGAUUUAUCUACUGCAUUCUAUUUCUGUGCAGUUCGUCAAGAUGGACUUUGGGCACUACAUUUGGGGUUUGUUCUGGGAAACAACUGGACGAAUU